AGCUGAGAGGAGAAAUCAAACUUCCCUGGGUUUUUCUCCUCAGUCGCUUUUCUCUCCAUCAGUGUCCGCCUCUCUUUCUCUCAGUCUCUUUCUCUCCGGGUUUAUCUGACUGACUCGGUGAAAUGCUGCUCUUCCUCCAUGUGGCGGUGGUGUGUGUGGGGCUGAUGGAGACGCGCCGGCUGAAGAACACGUGGAUCCCCAUGGAGACACCAUCACAUGACCUCCUUUCUCCCUCCCCCACUGUACUUCGCAGUACUAGCUCAGUGCUAACACAUGGUACCAGGGUAACAGGAGAGUCAGAGGUCACAACCCUGGACGGUCAGCGCAGGAGACUGGCCCGCAGCUCUAAAGGCGGGAGAUCAAAGCAGAGGGCGGAGCAUCAUGAGCACCGACACCCACGGCCCUUCGAUCCAGAUGGUUAUUUCACCACACCAAGGGUUUUUAAUGGCUCUCUGCUGGUGCACAAUCCACUGUACCCAGUGACGGGCGAGUCGUACGGGGCAUAUGCUGUGAUGCUGUUAUCACUGGUGGUAUUCACGGUGGGUGUGGUCACCAACCUGGCCGUCACAUGCUCUGUGUGGCACAACCACUACCUGCAAAAUGCUUGCAACUGUGUCCUAGCGAGUCUGGCACUCUGGGACCUUGCUGUGAUCUUCUUCUGCCUGCCGGUCGUCGUCUUCCACGAGCUCACCAAGAGACGACUGAUGGGAGACGUGUCCUGCCGCCUCGUACCAUUUAUAGAGGUGACGUCUCUGGGCGUGAGCACCUUCAGUCUCUGUGCUCUGAGUGUUGAUCGUUUCCAGACGUUAACGAGCUCCUCCUCCUCUAAGACCCCCGAGUCAUUCGGCUCCAUUGUGUCGAAGCUGUCGGUGAUCUGGGUGGGCUCACUGCUCCUCGCUGUCCCCGAGCUCAUGAUCUGGCGUUUGGAAACGGAGCUGUCUCCCAUCUCGCAUCUCCCUGUGGACUCGUGCGUCCGUCUGCCUCCUUCAUCGCCUCAUUUCUCCGAGUCUGUUUAUUCACUCGUCAUGACGUACCACGAGUCACGCAUGUGGUGGAUCUUCGGCUGCUUUUUCUGCCUGCCUUUGCUGUUCUCAUUCUCAUGUCAUCUUCUGACGAGCCAGAUUUCUGAUAGCACCAUCCAGACGUCCUCUUCCUGUUCUUUGUCUUCAUCCAAGAAGCUCGUCACAGUGCUCGCAAUCGUUUAUGGAGUGUUCUGCCUCCCUGAACAUGCCUGGAACAUCGGACUCACCUACGCAGGAGUGCAAGUGGACGGGGCCAUGCUGGCACUGCUGGCUCUGAUUGGUCAGUUCCUAAUGUUCAUCAGGGCCUCGGUCACGCCCAUUUUGAUCCUCAGCUUGUGUCGAUCAUUGGGGCAGAGCUUCGUGGACUGCUGCUGUUGCUGCUGUGAAGAAUGUCUGCCCAACAAACCUUCAUCACCAUCACUGGUGUCGUCAUCUGUGUCAUCAGCAGCAGCAGCAGCUUUGGAGAAAGAGAAGAAGUCACAGGUCGACUUUGAGAAGAAAAUGAAAGAGAAUUCAGUGGAGAUGGCGAUCGGAACUCCAUGCUGAAGUCUUGGAUCAGUCCUGAUCACUGCGCUGUCACAGAUUCAGCAGAUCAGCUGCGAACAUCUCACUGUCUCAUUCAUAACUUUCACACUCAGAUCAUCUGCACUCCUGAAUAUAACAGAGCUGGGCACUCACUGCACCCACUUUAUCAGUGGGACAGUGACCUGGACAGUGUUUAUAGUCCAGUGUGAGGACACAUGUCCAUUGUCUUUCCUUGUUGUGGACAUUUUGGACAGUUUUAAACAGUGACAUACUGCUGAAUGGAGCCACAGCUACAGUUAUUCAAUCUAACAACAAUAACACUCAUUAUAUGCAGUACAUCUUCUCACGUCUAGUUAUGUUUAUUUGUUCCAUAAGCUGUAUGCAACUAAAUACGACCUUAAUCUGUGAUUUUAGAGUCCUGAGGAAUAAACAUGCUGGAUGUUUGGUUAGUAAGUUCACUUUGGGUUCAGCGAGUACAGCUCUGUUUGUUUUUGUGUGGUUUGGCAGCGAUGGAGUUAGCAUGAGACAGACAUGUGUACAUCAAUAAAAUCCAGAAAACACACCGAUCCUUCAACAUCAUCAUCUACCAUUUGAGAGGAGGUUCUUAAAGUGUGUAUCUUUUUAAAGACAGGUCAUUUAGAAGUUUACAACUCUUACUGGUUCUUUGUCCCUCAGGGGAACCCUUAAAGGUUCUUAAACCCUUGAAGAAGGCUUCUUUUCUCAGAGUGCAUGUGUGCAGUACAAAAUUCAAAUUACUGAUCAUUAUUGGCUUGCUAAUACUCAGUAAUAUUAAAAAAAGUUCUUUCAGAUGUUCCCAGAUGGUUCCUUGGAUAAGUAAGAGUUCUUUAGCCUCUAAAAGUCUUCUCUGGUGUUGAAACCCUUUCUGACCAAAAACACUGUUGAGGGAGAGUAGAAGAUCACUUAAAGCCAAACAAAACCCAAAAAUAAAUGCCAUUUACUGAUCAUGACAAGUGCCCUGAUGUGCUUGCCACACAUUUAAACUAAAAAUAAAACUUUAUCACAAUUUAUCCAUUUUAAAAGUUGUGAUGUUGCUAAAAAAUAGGCUUCCCUGGAUGCAACUAUUUGCACUGAAGCUGGAUAUCUGCCUGUGAUGCAACCGGAUCAC